GAACUAGGUCAUUUCGUCACUCAUCAUGAAUCAUGAUCAUGAGUCCAUGAUCUAAUUUGCCCAAAUUAACACAGUCAUCAGGUACAAUAAGACGUGAACAAAGUCAGUGAUUCACUCUCAAAUAGUCGGUAGCAGCUAAACUUCCAUGCUCAAGUUAAACCCCAAUUCCCUAUUUAGGCGAUUCUUCAACUCAUAUCUUCAACCUUCAAUAACUUCCCAAUCAACCAACUACAUAAACCAUCGCCUGAACUCCUUUCUCUCUCAUCACUUCUUGCCCUUGCAAUCUCUCCUCCCAUCUCACGCAAUUAUCAUUGUUUCUGGGAAUUACAACAAUGUGUUCAUUGCAUCAAAGCUCAUCUCUCUCUAUGCUUCUCAUUCAAGACCCGAUUUAUCCACCAACGUCUUUGAUUCAGUUCAUUUCAAAGACCCUUUUCUCUGGAAUUCAAUCAUCAAAUCCCAUUUUUCAAAUGGGGAUUAUCAAAAAGCGCUUGGAUUUUUUCUGGGUAUGCGAUUUUCGAACACCCCACCUAAUAAUUUUACGUUUCCAAUGAUUGUUAGUGUUUGUGCUGAGCUAUUAGCGUUAGAUUAUGGAGUUAUGAUUCAUGGGUUGGCUGUCAAAUUUGGUGUUUUUGGGGGGAAUUCUGCUGCUGGGUCUUCUUUUGUGUAUUUUUAUUCGAAAUGUGGUUGUAUGAAGGAUGCAUAUAGUGUGUUUGAUGAAAUGCCUGUGAGAGACGUGGUUUCUUGGACCGCGCUUAUAAUUGGUUAUUUGCAGAAUGGUGAGAGUUAUAAGGGUUUGGAGUGUCUUUGUGUGAUGCAUAAUAUUGGUGAGGAUGGUGUAAGGCCGAAUUAUCGAACCCUUGAAGGUGGAUUUCAAGCCUGUGGUAAUGUAGGGGCUUUAACAGAAGGGAAAUGCUUACAUAGUUUAGCUAUAAAGAGUGGUUAUGGACUGUGCCAUGAUGUUCAAUCAUCACUUUUGUCCUUGUAUUCGAAAUGGGGAACCCUUGAAGAGUCUUGCCAUUUGUUUUAUGAAGUUGGAAAUAAGGAUCUUAUCUGCUGGACAUCGAUUAUUGCCGCUUAUGCACGACUAGGGUGUGUAAUUGAAUGCCUAUGCUUCUUUAGGCAAAUGCUUGGCACUGGAAUAUAUACUGAUGAAAUCGUGAUUAGCUGUGCGCUUUCAUCCUUAGAUGAUUCAAUUUGGGUCCUUGAAGGGAAGGCAUUUCAUGGAUUGAUAAUGAGGAGAAAUUAUGCGUUCGGUCAAGUUGUCAAUCGGGCCUUGAUGUCAAUGUAUUGUAGGUUUGUAAUGUUACCUAAAGCAGAACAGAUUUUUGAUACACUACAUGAGAGGAAUCCAGAGACAUGGAACUUAAUGGUGUUUGAAUAUGGGAAAGGAGGACUUUGGAUAAAGUGUGUAAGUCUUUUCCGAGAAAUGGUACACCGAAAGGUUGAAUGUGAUUCCAAUAGCAUAAUCUCUGUUAUUUCUUCAUGUUUACAGUUGGGAGCAAUUCAUCUUGGAAAAUCUUUACAUUGCUAUGUCAUUAAAACUCUACUUGAUGAUAAUGUUUCAGUUUCCAAUUCGCUUAUAGAUAUGUAUGGAAAGUGUGGAAAUCUAACUGUUGCAAAGAUCAUCUUCGAAAGGAUACAAAAAGAUACUGUAACAUGGAAUACAUUGAUUUGUGCCUAUGCUUACCAGGGAGAGUUGGGUAAGGCAUUAGCACUAUUUGACCAAAUGAUGUUUGAAGGAUCAAGUCCAAGCACAGCCACAUUGGUCACUGUGUUGUCGGCCUGCUCACGUUUAGCGUCCUUAGAGAAGGGAAAGAAGAUUCACGACUACAUCAGAGAAGUGGGGAUGGAGUUAAAUAUCUCACUUGGAACAGCAUUAGUUGACAUGUAUGGAAAAUGUGGGCAACUUGGAAAGGCAAGGGAUAUCUUUGAUUCCAUGAAUGAAAAGGAUGUAAUUGCUUGGAAUGUGAUGAUCUCUUGUUAUGGCAUUCAUGGAGAAGCGAGAUCUGCAAUUGAGGUUUUUCAACAGAUGGAAAAUUCUAGUGUUAGGCCAAAUGAACUAACCUUUCUUGCUGUUUUGUUAGGAUGUAGUCAUGCGGGGCUUGCUGAAGAGGGAAGAUAUUUCUUUCAUAACAUGCAUGAGUACUCUGUGACACCAACUUUAAAGCACUAUUCUUGCAUAGUUGAUCUUCUUGGGAAAUCAGGGAAUUUGCAGGAAGCUGAAAAUAUAGUUAUGUCAAUGCCAAUUACACCGGAUGGCGGUCUUUGGGGGACCUUGUUAAGUGCUUGUAAAAUUCACAAUGAAGUAGAGAUUGGAUUAAGGAUUUUUAAGCAUGCUAUCAAGGCAGAUCCUGAAAAUGAUGGGUACUAUAUAACCAUAUCGAAUAUAUUGGAUUCCAAUGGAAAAUGGGAGGAAGCAGAGAAGUUUAGGCAACUAAUGAAGAAAAAAGGAGUUAGCAAAAGGUUUGGUUGGAGCUCAUCGUAGAUCACCGGAAAAAUUAGUGCAUUAUGUGGGUAUGCAUUAUCUGCUAGGAAACCAAGGAAUCGUGUACAGGAUGUAUGAAUGAUGUGCUUUGCCUGUCUCGAACUGUCAGACCUCCUGUCUUAGUAGAGACACAUCCAAGCUAGACCAUGUUUGCUAGCUUGUGCCUUGUGAUUGAUGGCCAUGCAAACACAGCUGAGGACAGAAGGAGUACACUUCAAGUUCCAAAAGGUGAUUUGCUGAGUAAUACUUCGUAUUAAUCAUUGUGAAUGUCAGUGCUUAACCAAUCAAAAACAAAUUUCACAAAGCAUGUACCAGUAACUCAAAUAAUUGUUUGAAGUAUGCACUCCAUUGUACGAUAAAGAAUGGCUAAAGACUAAAGAGUGACUUAACAUUCUGAUGAACGUGUUGUACGUUAGACCAAAUAUGACAUUUUUUUAGCCAUACUAAUCUAUAGUACAUCAACUUACGACGUAUUAACUUUCAAUAAAUUGUACUACGCUAUUGUGAUU